AUGGCUUGGAUCUCAUGGGAAAGAAUGGCAAAACCCAAGAGAAAAGAAGGCUUAGGAUACAAAGACAUUACCUCUGUCAAUGAUUCUUUGCUUGCAAAAGUCGGCUGGAGGAUUCUCAAAAACCCAGACUGUUUGCUCGCCCGAUGCCUCAUGGGGAAAUAUUGCCAUACGGAAUCCUUUCUCAAGUGUAAAGCACCAGGAAAUGCCUCCCACGGCUGGAGAAGCGUCCUGAUAGGGAGAUACCUCCUAGUCAAACAGCUUGGAUGGGUUGUAGGGACAGUGGAGAACAUAAGCUUAUGGGAGGACCCGUGGCUGUCCUGCUUUGAGCAGCAAAGACCAUAUGGACCUCCAACUGAAGCAACAAGUUCUCUUAAAGUCGCAGACUUGAUGAUACCGGGAGCUCCUUAA